CCCCGGAGGUGGCAGGCACAACCCUCGCGUUUUGGGGGGCCAGGAAGACAUCCACAGUCCCGGGAAGUUCAGGGCGGCGCCGGGGCGCGCAGCCUCUGCGCACGUGCCGCGCGGACCCGCGGACGCGGCUCGGGGACCCGAUCCAGGGCGCUCGGAGUUCCGGAAAUCCGCAUCUUCUCACUCGCCGCUGGAGAGGCUCUCGCUCCGCCCUUCCUGAGAUCUUUAUAUUAACUGUGGCCAAAGCCCUAAGAAACACAGCUCAUUGUUGGCAGCUGCCGGGCGGUCCUGCAGAGCGGCGAGGGCAGCGGAGGGAAAAGAAAAGGGAACGGCUCGCAAUCUGCCCCAGCGGCUGCUGCAAGACCUCGGCGCCAACCUCGCCCGAGCGAGCGCCUCACAGCCCCCUCGGCCGCCGCUCUAUGUGCUGCUGAGCCGGUCCUGGACCCGACGAGCCCGCCUUCGGUGUUCCGAGCAGAAAUCGCCAAGACGGAAGGACUGGAAAUGGCAGACCAUAUGAUGGCCAUGAACCACGGGCGCUUCCCCGACGGCACCAACGGGCUGCACCACCACCCUGCCCACCGCAUGGGCAUGGGGCAGUUCCCGAGCCCGCAUCACCACCAGCAGCAGCAGCCCCAGCACGCCUUCAACGCCCUCAUGGGCGAGCACAUACACUACGGCGCGGGCAACAUGAAUGCCACGAGCGGCAUCAGGCACGCCAUGGGGCCGGGGACUGUGAACGGGGGGCACCCCCCGAGCGCUCUGGCCCCCGCCGCCAGGUUUAACAACUCCCAGUUCAUGGGCCCCCCGGUGGCCAGCCAGGGAGGCUCCCUGCCGGCCAGCAUGCAGCUGCAGAAGCUCAACAACCAGUAUUUCAACCAUCACCCCUACCCCCACAACCACUACAUGCCGGAUUUGCACCCCGCUGCAGGCCACCAGAUGAACGGGACAAACCAGCACUUCCGAGAUUGCAACCCCAAGCACAGCGGCGGCAGCGGCACCCCUGGCGGCGCGGGCGGCAGCGGCACCCCCGGCGCCCUGGGGCUGCUGAGCAGCGGCAAGUGCCUGCUGCUGGACUGCAGACCGUUUCUGGCUCACACUAUGGCAAUGGGCCAGGAGCGGCCAGACAGACCCGACGAAACUGAUCACCAUAACUUCCUCUGCUAG